CUGGGGCUGAGCGGAGGGCUGAGGGGGCGGGAGGCCGGGCAGGCCGGUGGGGGCAGCCGGCAGGGUACGCGCGGCGGACAGGGGGCGGAGCCGGAGCGACGGGCGGCGGCCGCGCUCAGAGCUGGUAGCCUGUCCGCUGCCCGCGAUUCGACUCUGAGGAACCUAGAAAGAUUGUGCAAUGAAUGGUGAUACUCGGGCUGCAGUGGUGACCUCACCACCCCCGACCACAGCCCCUCACAAAGAGAGGUAUUUCGACAGAGUGGAUGAGAACAAUCCAGAAUACUUGCGAGAGAGGAACAUGGCACCAGACCUUCGCCAGGACUUCAAUAUGAUGGAGCAAAAAAAGAGGGUGUCCAUGAUUCUGCAAAGUCCCGCUUUCUGUGAAGAAUUGGAAUCAAUGAUACAGGAACAAUUUAAGAAGGGGAAGAAUCCCACAGGCCUGUUGGCAUUACAGCAGAUUGCAGAUUUUAUGACCACGAAUGUACCGAAUGUCUACCCGGCAGCUCCGCAGGGAGGGAUGGCUGCCUUAAACAUGAGUCUUGGUAUGGUGACUCCUGUGAAUGACCUUAGAGGAUCUGAUUCUAUUGCCUAUGACAAAGGGGAGAAGUUAUUGCGGUGUAAACUGGCAGCGUUUUACCGACUAGCAGAUCUCUUUGGAUGGUCUCAGCUUAUCUACAAUCACAUCACAACCAGAGUGAGCUCCGAGCAGGAACACUUCCUCGUUGUACCUUUUGGACUUCUCUACAGCGAAGUGACUGCAUCCAGUUUGGUUAAAGUCAGUCUACAAGGAGAGGCAGUGGACCGUGGAAGUACUAAUCUAGGGGUAAAUCAGGCUGGCUUCACGUUACAUUCUGCCAUUUACGCUGCACGCCCAGACGCGAAGUGCGUUGUGCACGUUCACACACCAGCAGGGGCCGCGGUCUCUGCGAUGAAAUGUGGCCUCUUGCCAAUCUCCCCAGAGGCACUUUCCCUUGGAGAAGUGGCUUAUCAUGAUUAUCACGGGAUUCUGGUUGAUGAGGAAGAAAAAGUUUUAAUUCAGAAAAAUUUGGGGCCUAAAAGCAAGGUUCUUAUUCUCCGGAAUCACGGGCUUGUAUCCGUUGGAGAGAGUGUUGAGGAGGCCUUCUAUUACAUCCAUAACCUUGUGGUUGCAUGUGAGAUCCAGGUUCGAACUCUGGCCAGUGCGGGAGGGCCAGACAAUUUAGUCCUCCUGGAUCCUGGGAAGUACAAGGCCAAAUCCCGUUCCCCCGGGUCCCCGGCAGGGGAGGGCAGCGGAUCGCCUCCCAAGUGGCAGAUUGGUGAGCAGGAGUUUGAAGCGCUCAUGCGGAUGCUGGAUAAUCUGGGUUACAGAACUGGCUACCCUUAUCGAUACCCUGCUCUGAGAGAGAAAUCUAAAAAAUACAGCGACGUGGAGGUUCCUGCCAGUGUCACAGGUUACCCCUUUGCGAGUGACGGUGAUUCGGGCACUUGCUCUCCUCUCAGACACAGUUUUCAGAAGCAGCAACGAGAGAAGACAAGAUGGCUGAACUCUGGCCGGGGUGACGAUGCUUCUGAGGAAGGGCAGAACGGAAGCAGUCCCAAGUCGAAGACUAAGGUGUGGACGAACAUUACACACGAUCACGUGAAACCCUUGCUGCAGUCUCUCUCGUCCGGUGUCUGCGUGCCAAGCUGUAUUACCAACUGCUUGUGGACUAAAGAGGAUGGACACAGGACUCCCGCCUCUGCCGUCCCCAACCUGUUCGUCCCACUGAACACCAACCCAAAAGAGGUCCAGGAGAUGAGGAACAAGAUUCGAGAGCAGAACCUACAGGACAUUAAGACCGCGGGCCCCCAGUCCCAGGUGUUGUGUGGUGUAGUGAUGGACAGGAGCCUCGUCCAGGACGCGCCCCUCUCUGACUGUACGGAAACAAUCGAAGGGCUCGAGCGUACAGAGCAGACCUUUAGUCCCGCUAAGUCUGUCUCUUUUAGAAAGGGCGAGCUGGUGACAGCCUCCAAGGCCAUCAUUGAGAAGGAGUACCAGCCCCACGUCAUCGUGAGCACCACGGGCCCCAACCCCUUCAGCACGCUCACCGACCGCGAGCUGGACGACUACCGCAGAGCGGUGGAGCGCAAGCACAGGGGCCCUGAAGAGAAUCUGGACGAGACUAGAGAAGACAAAGAAGAGAGCCCUCCAGAGCCCCCUGCUGCCCCCCACGCUCCCCCGAGCGCCCCCAUCAAGCUGGAGGAAGACCUGCCGCAGGAGCCGGCUUCGGGAGACAACAGCGAUGCCGCCACCUUCACGCAGACUCUCCCUGACCUGUCCCCUGAGGAGCCUUCAGAAGCGCUCUGCUUCCCGACACUGGAGGAGGAGGAGGAGGAGGAGGAAGAGGGGCUUUGUGAAGCCGGGGGCCCUGCAGGCCCCACCAGGUCCCCUUCAGCGGCCAUCCCUGAGCCAGUCACAGCCCAGGCAGCUGACGAGGCCGCCGCCCCGGCUGCCGAGGAGGGGGCUGCUGUGGACCCUGGCAGUGAUGGGUCUCCGGGCAAGUCCCCCUCCAAAAAGAAGAAGAAAUUCCGCACUCCCUCCUUCCUGAAGAAGAGCAAGAAAAGGAGUGACUCCUGAAGGCCCUUCCUGCACAAACCGAUGCCACCAGGCUGUCCCCGAUUGUGUCUUGUGCCCUGUCCUCUUGUGUAAUGGAAUGCAAAAGGCCCACCCCUGCAUAGCUAGCGCUCCCCUCGCGGCGUGACCGAAUCCCCACGGAGACCGGUGCUAACCUUGUGCGCGCGCAGCGGCCCGGCCGGCAGCCUCAGGUGCUGGGGGAGACUUGGUCUCUGAGUCCACCUCUGAGCCCUGCCCUGCAGGGACCAGCAUCUCGGCCCAUCUCAUGAGCCCUUCGGGGACACGCUGUCCCCAGGGGCUUAGCUAAGUCCGGGUUCUGGCUGGGUCGGGGGUGGCCCUGCCAGCUCUGGCCUCCACCGCUCUUGCUGUCCUUCUCUUGUGAAGUAAUCCGCGGCCCACCUCUGCUAGGCUCCCUUCAGCCCGAGGUCUCGGGUGACUGCAUCACAUCUGUAGCUUCUUGCUGGCAUUAUCUGCUCAGUGAUCUCAUUUGUUCGGAUACACAAAGCCUUGGUCCUGUGAGAACACUCGUGUCCCCGCCAAUGGCCCAGGCCACCGUGGCGGACUUUUUGAGAGGUGGGUUUGGGCUGAGCCGGCAGUCCCAGCAGCGGACGGGCCUGUGUACACCCAGGUAACCUAUGCAUGGUCUCACCGGCCCCCCGCGGCCAAAGCCAGACUUGGGGCUCCGUUCCUUACUCACUGGGGGCUCUCGAUUCCCUGUCAUAGGGAAGGUGCAUCAGGAGGGGAAGAGUGCUUUCUAGAUGUUCUUUCAGAAAGUCUGCAGUUCACCCUACACACUGUGAGCGAACGGUCUGCGUUGUGCUUCGUUUUCUCCCCAGGGCCUGUGGCAGAGCGCAGCAGGGCUCCACGCGCUGUCCUGGGGGGUCUGCUCUUAACCGCGGCUCGGCUCGGCCUGGAGGGUACCCUCACUUUGACAGAAGGCAGUUCGGGGUAGGAGUUGGCCCCAGGGGUCCCACCUGACGCCCUGUGCAGUCACUGGUGGAGCCCACCUCCUGCCCUCCAGCGCCACGGUGAAUUUCACUGCACUCACAUCCCUGGAAGAUAGCGGCUAGCUGCUUAGUGGGAACUAGUGGGUGGCCAGGUGUCUCUUCGACAGUGACCUGUCCCAGGAGCUCCAGUGCCAGCCUGUCUCCCAGACAGGUCCCCAGGAGGGGGGAGGGGCCCUCGGGGGACCCAGUGCCCGACGUGGGCUCAGGUCCCACACACUCGACACCCAGGCAGGACCUGAAGCGGCUGCAUGGCGCUGACCUCUGCUUCGAGCUUACUGGCAGGCAAGCCACUUCUCUCCUGUGUAUCGUUCCAUUGCCAAGAUGGUGGUAGAGCUCUCCACCCUCACCCUGCACCUCAGUUAACCAUGGGCUCUUCCUUUCAUCCCUUCUUCUGACCCCAGGUAUGCAAUGACUUUAAUUUCAUUUUUGUAGUUUAACUCUUUGUAUUACAACAUGAAGUUUAGUUGCAUAUACAGACACAGGCUCGGGAGGACAACUUCUACAGCCUUUCUUCACUGUAACAUGUUUUACUCACAAAUAAAAUUCUUUAAGCAGUU